AGAGUGACGUCUGCUACUGUCGGAAACGCUGUUAAGCUCGGCAGGCACUGGGAGAGCGGAGCGUGGAGAGAAGCUACACGGAUAACCAAGCGCCACAGCUUUCUGGGCCCCCAGGAGAGACGGAUCUGGUGCCACCUGAGAAAGACCCAGAGCGUCCUCUCCGGCGGCGUCUCAUGCCUCCAGCUGGGGGUUGUCGUGGAUUUCUAAAUUUGGUGUGCCGAGAUAGUCGACUACGUCAACAGGUUAGCUGGAAACUGUGCGUGGGGAAAAAACUGGCUUCAAACUCCAGAGCACGGUGGUGGGGCCCUGUGGAGGUCGUGGUCCUGGAUUUCUUAGAGAUGGAGGGUCAUGGUUACGACCAGUUUGGAGAUGGGGAAAAGGACACUUACCAAAUCGACUACCGGCGGAUCGUAGGGGACAUGGAACCGGCUCGGCAGCGCGCCGCAAACAGGGACGGGGAACCGGCUCAACCCUGCGGCCCCUCGGCGCCGCACGGACAUGGGCACGAGACUGCAGCCCAGCGAUACAGCGCAACGCGCAUCCAAGCUGGAUAUGAACCAGAGAGCAUGGCAGACUACUUGAUCAGUGGAGGCACGGGUUACGUUCCUGAAGAUGGAUUAACAGCACAACAACUCUUUUCUGUCGGUGAUGGACUAACAUACAAUGACUUCUUGAUCCUCCCUGGUUUCAUAGAUUUUACUUCUGAUGAGGUGGAUCUAACCUCUGCGUUGACGAGGAAGAUAACCCUGAAGACACCUCUUAUUUCAUCUCCCAUGGAUACAGUCACAGAGUCAUUCAUGGCCAUCUCCAUGGCGUUGAUGGGUGGGAUUGGAAUAAUUCAUCACAACUGUACUGCUGAGUUCCAGGCCAACGAGGUGCGCAAAGUCAAGAAAUUUGAGCAGGGCUUUAUUACAGAUCCGGUGGUGAUGAGUCCCCGACACACAGUGGGGGACGUGUUUGAGGCAAAGACGCGCCAUGGUUUCUCUGGGAUCCCCGUAACAGAGACUGGCAGGAUGGGCAGCAAGCUGGUCGGCAUUGUCACCUCCAGAGACAUAGACUUUCUGUCUGAGAAGGACCACGACAGACCUCUGGAGGAGGCAAUGACAAAAAGAGAAGAUUUAGUUGUUGCACCCGCUGGAGUCACACUAAAAGAGGCUAACGAUAUUCUGCAACGUAGCAAAAAAGGAAAGCUCCCCAUAGUGAAUGACAGCGAUGAGCUGGUCGCCAUCAUAGCGAGGACUGACUUGAAGAAGAACAGAGAUUAUCCUCUGGCCUCCAAGGAUUCCCGCAAACAGUUGCUGUGCGGAGCUGCAAUCGGUACAAGGGAGGACGACAAGUACAGGCUGGACCUUCUCAUGCAGGCUGGGGUGGAUGUGGUGGUCUUGGAUUCCUCCCAAGGAAACUCAGUGUACCAAAUUAAUAUGAUAAACUACAUCAAACAGAAAUAUCCAGAACUACAGGUAGUUGGAGGAAAUGUGGUGACAGCUGCUCAGGCCAAAAACCUCAUAGACGCUGGGGUGGAUGCCCUGAGGGUGGGCAUGGGCUGUGGCUCUAUCUGUAUCACCCAGGAAGUGAUGGCAUGUGGACGGCCCCAAGGUACAUCCGUGUACAAGGUUGCAGAGUAUGCGCGACGUUUUGGAGUACCAGUGAUUGCUGAUGGAGGCAUUCAGACAGUUGGACAUGUGGUGAAGGCUCUGGCCCUGGGAGCAUCAACUGUGAUGAUGGGGUCGUUGCUCGCGGCAACCACUGAAGCCCCAGGAGAGUAUUUCUUCUCAGAUGGUGUACGUCUGAAAAAGUACAGGGGGAUGGGCUCCUUGGAUGCCAUGGAGAAAAAUAACAGUCAGAAACGUUACUUCAGUGAGGGAGAUAAGCUGAAGGUCGCUCAAGGUGUCUCGGGGUCAGUGCAAGAUAAAGGCUCCAUACAUAAGUUUGUUCCCUACCUGAUUGCUGGCAUCCAACAUGGCUGUCAGGACAUAGGAGCCAAGAGUUUAUCCAUUCUACGAUCGAUGAUGUACUCUGGAGAGCUGAAGUUUGAGAAGAGAACCAUGUCUGCUCAGAUGGAGGGAGGGGUCCACGGCCUCCACUCAUAUUCUUUUGUGCCAUUUACGAGAAACGACUUUACUGAGGCAGGAGGAAGAGGAAGCACCCGAGCGGGACCGAACAUCCCGACCCCGGCAGCCAUGAGCACUUGCACAGGGCGCAUGUGAUCAAACGACAAACGGAACAGCUGUUCUAAAACCUCAGGCUGCUUUUCCUGCGCUCUCCCCCCUUUCUUUUUCUUUCUCUCCCAUCUGUGACAGACAAAGCAAAGCAUUGAGUCUAAAGUUCAAACCUCACAUGCAGCCACACACCUUAUCGUUAUCUGUUGUUGCUGUGGCCGAGCUGCAGUGGAGGUGAUGUAAUUACUUGAUCCCUUUCAACAAGCAAACGGAUGUUUCUUCUUUAGGACUAGCUUAUCAUUGCUGAUCUAACAGGAGGCCUUUUCCGUGGUUGGCCUGAGUUUCACCCUGAUUGAGGCGACAAUAAACAACAAAGCUUGCAGAAGUUUAUUAUCGUAUGUGCAGCUCAGCGCGCAAAAACGUAAGGACGGCAUCAAGCGGUCAAAUGCUUUUUCAGCAACAAAUGACACAUAACUGUUAAAUAUUUAACAUUUUAAUUCCGAAAAAAAUGUUUAAAAAGAGAAAAAUUAAAGAAGACUGUACACAUCUUUCUGAUUAUAAUAACAUACAGGUACAUUAUCCUCAUUUUGGCUUCAUACUGCAAAUACGUCUAAGUCACAUUGGCUUGACAUGUUGGGAUCAUCCAUUCUUCAUAAAACAUAAACACAGUAUUAACUAACAUUAUAGCUAUUGAUUGUAUGUAAUAUAUAAUAAAGGCGGUUAUUGUAUUUUUUCAGGUUGGUUAUUAAAAUAAUUAAAUUGUGAGUGAAUUAAAUAAAGCACACUCAGUGGGGAACUGUUGUAACAAAACAAUUGUCCUGGAUAGAUUUCUUUCUUUAUGGAGUUGUAGACAAAAAGUUGUUUCAAGUUGAUUGAUACGUUUUAAAUAUGUUUUUCUUUUUUCUUUUGUGUUACUCACCAUCUUUGGUAUAACAAUACACAGUUUAUUUUAAUUUUGUAAUAACAUCCAAUCAAAUAACUGAGCUCAUGUAGUGGUUGAUCAUGUUAGGGUUGAUCAAUGGUUUGACAGUCUGGUAAUAGUUUCUUAAUUAAAGGUUACAGAUAAGAUAUAACUACUUUCUCACCGGUUUUAAAAUUAUGUCUAUGUUAAUAGUGUUGCACAAAUAAAGAUCAUUUUUG